UACUUUUUGUUUUCGGUUGGUUCCAAAUUUAGAGCAACUUGUUUGAAUUUUGAAUUAGAUAGUUACAUCAAAUUUUUCAAAAUAAAUUAUCAACUAAAUAAUUUACAGUAAAAAGGGAGUAGAGAGAUUCUCAUUUAAAAAACAGAGAUUUGUAUCGUCACAGGAUACUCCUAAAUAGUAGUAUAUAUUGUAUUAUUCUCGCACGGGUUUGAAAACAUGGUCUUAAAAUAGCUUAUAUUUAAAAAUUUGAAUAAAUUAAUUUUGUAUCAAAUGAAAAAUGGGGGUAAACAUGUUUGGUGAAUCACACUGUAUAUAAUAUACCCAAACAUACACAUUAUGCGCUUAUAUAAACACACACACAAACGUUUUAUCGUAAUUAAACAUCGGGGGCAGUUCCGACACCCUGGGUGAAAUAUUCCAGUUUUUUGUCCAACCCCGUGCGGUUGACGUAUUAUUUCUAUGUAGUUAUUUUAUUUUUUUUUAAUAAUUUUAAUUAACUUAAGUACCCCAUAUAAACAGAGCGGGGUUAAUGUGUUUGCGCGACGGUGACGAUAAUCUAUACAUAUAGCUGUUAAAUAUCAUAACCAGGUGGCUUAAUCAAAAUCGUGUAACAAGCACACUCGCGGAGAGACUCGUACACGUCCCGCACGUCGUUACACAUAUUAUAAAAACCAUCAUCAUAACGUAAUACUGUCAUACAAAAAUACAUCGUUAUGGACUUUCACCAAGUACCGGAGAAACAGACGCGUAGACGCAGCCGGACCGUCAGCUGGGACCAUUCGGUCAGAGCGGACGGAGAGCCGUUGACUUGCAAGACGACAACGGACAGGGGUGUUCUAUCACCGCAGGGGAUAACGUCACCGGGUCCACGUGAUUCGUCGACAGCAGAAUUGUUUUUUGACGACGACAUGAGUAUUAGCAGAGGACAUUCGGUAGAAAAGGUUCGGUUUUCAGCCAGCCGGGCGCAUUCGGACGAAAACGAUGAGGAUUAUUCAGCUAGUGUAAAUGCGAUACUCCAUAAGCGGCUUAGUGUUAGGAAAGGCAAACACCUAAAGCAACGAAGAUCGUCUUCUCCCGUGUCUUCGAUGCUACCCGAUGACGCUAGUUUAAUAUCGGAUCGAAGAAGAUCGUCGGCUUUUACAACCAGCUCUGGAGAUACAGCGAUAAACAUCGAAGAGGCUGGUAUCUCUCAAGAGCAGAUAUUUGAAAACAUCCGUUUACACAAAGAGGUAUUAGGCAGUGUCCGUCAACAACCGUGGUCCAUACGGAGGAAGAUGAAAUUGGUUCAGCAAGCCAAAGAGUAUGUAAAGAAACAUGAAGGUCAGCUACAAGAACGUUUGGCAAUGAGUAAAAGCACGAGAGAUAUCAUGGCGCGGUUUCACAUAGUCUUAGUCAAACAAUGGCAACACAGUAAACGGGAGAUGGCCAAUUUUAUAAGUCAAAUAAUUCCAUGGGAACUAACGAUCAAAGAAAUUGAAUCUCAAUUCGGCACGGUAGUCGCUUCGUACUUCACGUUCCUCCGCUGGUUGUUCUGGGUGAACUUUGUCAUAUCCGUGUUGUUGGCAGCCUUUGUCGUCAUGCCUGAAAUUUUGACGACCAAUAAGGCGGACACCGGAGAGCGCAAGACACUGUUGCCCGAGGAGCAGGCCACUUCUAUGGAAUUAAUGACUUUGUUAAAUUUUGAGGGAGUCCUACAGCAUUCACCUAUGUUUUAUGGCUACUAUUCAAAUCGACAAAGUUCGGACACCGGAUACCGGCUACCCACGGCCUACUUUAUCACGGGACUCGUUGUUUACAUCUACAGUUUCGUUGCUACGCUCAGAAAAAUGGCCGCAAACUCUCGUCUGAGCAAACUGUCCGAAAAAGACGAUGAGUGCAUUUUUACGUGGAAACUGUUCACUGGGUGGGAUUACAUGAUCGGAAACGAAGAAACCGCUCACAAUCGUAUAUCGUCCAUUAUACUUGGUUUUAAAGAAGCGUUGCUUGAAGAAGCUGAAAGAAUGAAAGACAAACAAAAUUGGAAAGUGGUGGCUCUGAGAAUAUUUGCAAAUCUGAAUAUGGUAUGGAUGCUGGGAAGUUCGGUUUAUGCCGUCAUUCUUGUAGUAGCCAGAUCCACAGAACCAGAGGCUGAAGCUACAAUGUGGAGAAAAUACGAAAUCACAGUUGUCAUGACGCUCAUUGGCACGUUCUUUCCGAUCGCGUUUGAAGUGUUGGGCGUGUUGGAGAGUUACCAUCCGAGGACAACUCUCCGUGUACAAUUAGCUAGGAUUAUGGCGCUGAACUUGUUAAAUCUUUACACGCUGACGUUUGCGUUGUUUGUGAAAAUCAAUGACAUGACCAAGGAGCUGUUGACGUUGAAAUCCAAUGUAUCCAAUAUCACAGCCAAUGCGGCUACCAGGGCUACCGCAGCUACCGCGGCCACAAUAGCCACUGCGGCCACCAUGGCAACCACGACUUCUAUGUUGAAGACGACUUCGACUACUUCAGUAUUGGUAGCAUUAGCAUUCAUGAAUUCUACUAUGUCGAACAUGACAAAACUUCAAUUGCCAGUCACCCAUACUAUCGAUACACAACCGAAUUGCUAUCGACAGCAGAUAGAAUGUCCGUUCUCGUGGCCGGGUGUCCAAUACGUUACAGCUGAUAUACAUUCACCGAAAAUGAAGGAUUACAUUUCCUCAUCGAUUGCGCCACUGGAAUUCAGUACGACUGGAGCCGACUUUUCAUCGGUAGUAGGUUUAGUUUCUGGCGCGGACUUCGGUCAAACUACAGGUGUUUUCGGUGCGAAUCGGAAUGGUGGCACCGGAUGGACUGAAAGUACUGCUGAAACGACUUUCAAGACCAUCGACGAUCUACGAAUAACCGCCGAAGUCAUAUACGACGACACGUUAUCAUCGUCUGAAGAUAACGCCACCACUUCCGAGUUCGACGUCAGCUCUACACAUAGUUAUGAUGAGACGACAGAGAAAUCGACUGUAGGUUUGGUUACAGCUGAGUCGAUGUCGGAUAAUUCAACCGUGGAUACGGUCGAUGAUUGGUCAACAACUACAUAUCCGAUGAACGUUUCAUUAGACUUAAGUUCGAUCGCCUCUCAAUCGAUAUCGAGUUCGACACAGAGUGCAAUCAGUGAAACGAUACCGGGUGAGUACGUGGAGUCAACGUCGAGUGUCAUUCCCGAAUCGACGGCAAGUCUGGACGCAGAAAUAUUGAUGUUGAACACGACGAUUGAUCAAUCGAUAAUCACUAUGGAUAACGACGAUGAGCAAUAUAGUACGAUUGUUUCCGACGAUCUUCAAUUGUUGAGGACCGACGAGAUAAUUGCGUCAUCUGAAAAGAGAAGAAUCGUAAAACGGAUGUCGGAAGUAAUUUUCAAUGGGACUCAUUGCUUUCAAGUAGUUUGUUCGUCUCCAUCACCAGUUACAAAUGUAACAGAGGUGCCAAACAGUUCUCAAGGAUUUAGCGAGGAAUCGACCGAAGAGUACGUGGCAACGACGGAACAUGAAGAUGCGCCUAGAGAAGACUUAUCUCUUCGUGCAACUUGUUUGAACCUCCAAAUCAGACGACGAUUGCGGAAGUUAUGUUGGGAGACAAUGUUUGGACAAGAAUUGGUAAAACUUACAGUCAUGGAUUUGGUGUCGACAAUCAUUUCAACGAUAUUCGUGGACUUUGCACGUGCAGUGUUUGUGCGGUACAUGAACCGGUGCUGGUGCUGGAACUUAGAGAAGAGGUUCCCACAAUACGGUGAUUUCAAGAUCGCCGAGAACAUAUUGCAUCUGGUCAACAACCAGGGAAUGGUGUGGAUGGGCAUGUUCUUUUCUCCCGGGUUGCCCAUCAUAAACGUGGUAAAAUUGAUGAUCAUGAUGUACGUGCGGUCGUGGGCGGUGCUCACGUGCAACGUACCUCACGACGUCGUGUUUCGGGCCAGCCGGAGCAACAAUUUCUACCUGGGACUGCUACUCACCAUGUUGUUUUUGUGCGUGUUACCGGUCGGUUACGCCAUCGUGUGGAUUGAACCAUCGUGGCACUGUGGACCAUUCUCGCAGUACAAAAAAAUAUAUCACAUCUUCACUAACUCCAUCAAGAAAACUGUACCUAACCCACUAGUGCAUCGGAUACUUGACUAUAUAGCAUCACCCGCCAUCGUAAUACCAUUGCUGUUGCUCCUCAUCCUCAUAAUUUAUUACUUGGCAUCGCUCACAUCAUCACUCCGAGAAGCCAAUAACGACUUGAAAACGCAACUAAGACGUGAGCGAACCGAAGAACGACGAAAAAUGUUUCAGUUAGUAAACAGGAAGAAACACGGUAGUGGCGUUGAUGACGAUGACGAAGAUGAUUACACGUGCAUGGAUACGACGUUGGCCAAGUGGAGACAUAUAAUGCCAGACAGCAAAACGCAGACAGACGUUCCGAGCUCCGUGUUUGAAAUAGCCGAGAAAAAGCUCACAGACAGCGAGGUGCUGGACAGAGUCCGUGAGAAACUCGUGCACAUAGAAGCGGAGGAUCAGCAGCCUGAAAACAAACACCAUCCAAGUCGAGAUGAUCAACAGCAACAACAGCAGACGCAACCGCCGCACAUAAAGCUCCAACGCAAUCUUCACCACCAUCAGCCACCUUUACUGCAACACCACCAUCACCAUCAUCACCAUCACCAGCAGCAUCUCUAUCACCACCUACGCCGGCCGUCGAAAAGCGAAGAGCCGCGGGAUACAGCGGCAACGCUGCGUAAGUGGAAAAAGUCCAAAGUGGUACGGCAUCUGUCAUCAGAGUCGGAGUCGUCGGAUCAGUCGGAAGCGGUACCAGAAACCCGUGAACCGGUUCAACCUCAGAUCACCACUGCCGCCUCACACGGUUCUGGGUUACAUCACAGGACCACAGCCACCGAACUUCUGGUCAGCGGUGCCGUCGUUGAAGAAGGCGGUUCUACGACCGCCGUAGAUCAACCCGUUAAGCAGAAGGCCAGGCUUAAGUUGGCGCAGAUAUUGUACAAGGAAGCGCGGAGGAGAAGACAGAAAUACGUAGAGGAACUACAAAACCAACAGGAAUAAAUUUAAUACAAUAUAGAUUCACAUUAGAGUAUUCUUUUUAGAAGCGACAACAUCUGGAUUCAAAAUUCAGCUUGUAACCUAAAAAAAGUCUUAUUCAUUUAUAUUAUAUAUUAUGUCAAUAUACAAUACAUAUCUAUUAUAUUAUUGUAUUAUAAAUUUAUAUUAAAAGAAUCAGUGUUAAUGUCGAAUGAUUAGUUUCUUAGUUCGCCAUUUUUUAUAAAUUUUAUAGUAUAGUUCAAAAUGAUAUAUAAUUAAAUAUAUGCACAUCAGUGAUAAAACACGAUUUUUGUAAUCGUGUAGUUUGUUGGUUUCAUAUUUUAUUAUUUUUUUUUAGUCAUAAUCGUUUAACUGUGAACAAUUUUUUUUUUUUUAAUACAUUAUUCAUCGUUACUCUGAUUUAACUCUUUCUUUUUCUCGAGUCACUCCACUCAUUUGUAAUAUAUAUUAUUAUAAUAUAUUAUAUAUGUGUGUGUAUGCAUUUUAUAACUGUUGUAGCUGAGUAUCUCUAUUCAAUAUUCAAUAUUUAUAUAUAUGUAUUGUAUUUAAAAGAGGUGCAACGUGGAUGGUCUCCAAAGUCCAGCUGCACUCUAAGAUAUAAAUAUAACACAAUGAUAUACCAAAUUUGUUCUUUGAAUGUUUUAUUUUGUGGUACCGAUAUACUAUAUAGUUGAAGACUUAGAGUAACAUGUUUUUUUAAGUUUAAUAAUAAUAAAUCACAUAUUAUAUUAUCAUAAUUAUCUUAUUCUAUAAGUAGAUAAUUUUUUUUUAAUUUUUUCAUCGUAUAUU